AUGGACCUGCGGCAGGAUCCGACUGGACCAGGUCAGGGACGAAGAAGACCCCAUCGAGCUGAGCGUGCGAGGAGCAGCCACUGCCAUGGCAUGGACAUGUGCCACGGGGCAGCAGGAUUGCCCGAUCAUCGUUAUAGGAAAUCAGCAAGUUCCGACAUGGCCUGGCAGGCUCUUCUCAAGUAUGAUUGGGUUCCUGUGCCGCUUGUGUACCCUCAAGUCAUCUUCCUAGCAGUUCGUUUUUAUUUUGUGAUUUGUUUAUUUGGACGCCAAUUUAUUGUUACGGGAAAAAAUCCGAGUGGG